AUGAGUCCUAGUGCAUCUUAUUUACCCCAAGAGGAGUUUAGUACUACUAAUGUUUACGAUUAUGACGAAGUUCCAGAAAACAAAUCAUGGGCUUCUUCUUUGCCAGUGGCUAAAGGUUUAUAUAACCCGGAAUUAGAAAAAGAUGCUUGUGGGGUUGGUUUCACUUGUCAUUUAAAAGGUGUUCCAUCUCAUAAAAUAGUGUCAGAUGCCAAAAGUUUAUUAUGUAACAUGACCCAUAGAGGUGGGGAAUUGAAUCCACAAGAUGGUGAUGGUGCUGGUUUGUUGAGUUCCAUUCCUCAUAAAUUCUUGAAAAGAGAAUUCCAAUACUACUGUAAUGUUGAAUUACCAGCUAAGGGACAAUACGGUGUUGGUAAUGUUUUUUUCAAAAAAGAUGACGCUGUAUUUGAAAAAUCAAAGAAAACAUUUGAAAGCAUUGCUGAUUCUUUAGGUUUAAAAGUUUUGGGUUGGAGAGAAGUGCCUCAUGACUCUUCAAUUUUGGGUGCUGCCGCAUUAUCAAGAGAACCAUACAUAUUGCAGCCAGCCGUUGUUUAUAAAGAAAUAUGGGGUCAAAAAGUUUCAGAUGACGAAUUUGAUUCCAAAUACAGAAAAGAUUUUGAAAAAAGGUUGUUUAUUUUAAGAAAACAAGCUUCUCACACUAUUGGAUUACACAAUUGGUUCUACAUUUGUUCACUUUCCAAUAAAACUAUUGUCUACAAAGGUCAAUUGGCGCCUAAACAAGUUUAUUCAUACUAUCAUGAUUUAGUAAAUGCUGAAUAUGAAUCCCAUUUUGCUUUAGUCCAUUCCCGUUUCUCCACCAACACUUUCCCAUCUUGGGAUAGAGCCCAACCAUUAAGAUUGGCAGCACACAAUGGUGAAAUUAACACUUUGAGAGGUAACAAGAAUUGGAUGAGAGCCAAAGAAGGGGUUAUGAAAUCUAAAUUGUUUGGUGAUGAAAUGGAUAAAUUAUUCCCCAUCAUUGAAGAAGGUGGAUCUGAUUCUGCUGCAUUCGAUAAUGUUUUGGAAUUAUUGGUCAUCAAUGGCGUUGUUUCUUUACCAGAAGCUGUUAUGAUGAUGAUUCCAGAAGCAUGGCAAAAUGACGAAAAUAUCGAUCCAAAGAAAAAGGCAUUUUACGAAUGGGCUGCUUGUUUGAUGGAACCAUGGGAUGGUCCAGCUUUGUUCACUUUUGCCGAUGAUAGAUACUGUGGUGCUAAUUUAGAUCGUAAUGGGUUGAGACCAUGCCGUUACUAUGUCAUUGAUGAUGAUCGUAUGAUUUGUGCUUCAGAAGUUGGUGUUAUUGAAAUUCAACCAGAAAAAGUCAUACAAAAAGGUAGAUUACAACCAGGUAGAAUGUUGUUAGUCGAUACUAAAGAAGGUCGUAUUGUUGAUGACCGUGAAUUGAAAAGUAAAGUUGCUUCAAGAUAUGACUUCAAAUCUUGGGUCUUGGCUAAUAUGAUUAGUUUGCAAGAUUUAAAUGAAAAAUUGGCUUCGAGAAAAAUCGAUAUUAACGCUAAACCAAUUGAUGUAAAUGUCAAUGUACAAUCUGAUCCAAGAUUGAUCGCUGCUGGGUAUUCUCAUGAACAAAUCUUGUUUGUUUUGGCCCCAAUGGCUGAAGGUAACGAAGCAUUGGGUUCUAUGGGUAACGAUAAUGCAUUGGCCUGUAUUUCUGAACAACCUAAAUUGUUAUACGAAUAUUUCCGUCAAUUAUUUGCUCAAGUCACAAAUCCACCAAUUGAUCCAAUUAGAGAAAAAAUUGUCAUGUCUUUGGAAUGUUAUGUUGGUCCUCAAGGUAACUUGUUAGAAAUGAAACCAGACCAAUUAAAUAGGUUGUUAUUGAAAUCACCUAUUUUGACCAGUUCAGAAUUAUUAGCCAUUAAAAACAUUCAAACAGUUUAUCCAUCUUGGUCAGUCGCCAAUAUUGAUAUUACUUUUGAAAAAUCUGAAGGUAUCCAAGGAUACAUUAACACCAUCGAUAGAAUUUGCCAAGCUGCAUCUCAAGCUAUUGCUGAUGAUAAUCAAAUCAUUAUUUUGAGUGAUGUUGCUACUUCUGCUGAAAGAUUACCAAUUUCUGCUUUAAUUGCUGUUGGUGCUGUUCAUCAUCAUUUGGUCAGACAAAAGCAACGUUCCAAAGUUGCACUUAUUAUUGAAACACAAGAAGCCAAAGAAGUCCACCACGCAUGUUGUUUGGUUGGGUAUGGUGCUGAUGCUAUUAACCCAUAUUUGGCAAUGGAAACUUUGGUUAGAAUGAAACAUCAAGGUUUAUUGAAAAAUGAAAGCUUAACUGAAGAGAAAAUCAUUCAAAAUUAUAAAGGGUCCAUCGAUGCUGGUAUUUUGAAAGUUAUGUCGAAAAUGGGUAUUUCCACUUUGGCUUCAUACAAGGGGGCUCAAAUUUUUGAAGCUCUUGGUAUUGAUAACUCAGUCAUUGAUAGAUGUUUUGCUGGUACUGCAUCUAGAAUCAAAGGUGUCACGUUUGAAUACAUUGCUCAAGAUGCCUUUACAUUACACGAAAGAGGGUAUCCUACUAGAGACACUAUCAAACCAAUUGGAUUACCUGAAACUGGUGAAUAUCACUGGAGAGAUGGUGGUGACGCACACAUUAACGAUCCAGCUGCCAUUGCCUCAUUACAGGAUGCUGUUCGUAACAAGAAUGAAAGAGCUUAUGAGGCUUAUGCCAAAAAGGAAAAUGAAGCUGUUCGUAACUGUACUUUGCGUGGGUUGUUAGAUUUUGAAUUUGAAUCUUCCACUGAAGUUCCAAUUGAUCAAGUUGAGCCAUGGACAGAAAUUGUCCGUCGUUUCUUCACUGGUGCCAUGUCUUAUGGUUCUAUUUCCAUGGAAUCACAUUCUACUUUAGCUGUUGCCAUGAACAGAUUGGGUGGUAAAUCCAACACUGGUGAAGGUGGUGAAGAUGCCGCCAGAUCCCAAGUUCUUGAAAAUGGUGAUACCAUGAGAUCCGCUAUUAAACAAGUUGCUUCAGGUAGAUUUGGGGUCACUUCUUAUUACUUGGCCGAUGCCGAUGAAUUACAAAUCAAGAUGGCACAAGGUGCUAAACCUGGUGAAGGGGGUGAGUUGCCAGGACACAAAGUAUCUGCUGAAAUUGGUAAGACCAGACAUUCUACUCCAGGUGUGGGAUUGAUUUCUCCACCACCUCAUCAUGAUAUUUAUUCGAUUGAAGAUUUGAAACAAUUAUUGUAUGAUUUGAAAUGUGCCAAUCCAAGAGCUAGAACUUCAGUCAAAUUAGUUUCUGAAGUUGGUGUUGGUAUUGUUGCUGCCGGUGUUGCCAAAGCUGGAUCGGAAAACAUUUUAGUUUCUGGUGGCGAUGGUGGUACUGGUGCUGCCAAAUUGACUUCCAUCAAAUAUGCUGGUUUGCCAUGGGAAUUAGGUUUAGCCGAAUCUCAUCAAACUUUGGUUUUGAAUGAUUUGAGAGGGAGAGUCAUUUUGCAAACCGAUGGACAAAUUAGAACUGGUAGAGACAUUGCCAUUGCUUGUUUGUUGGGUGCUGAAGAAUGGGGGUUUGCCACUUCUCCAUUAAUUGCCAUGGGAUGUAUUUACAUGAGAAAAUGUCAUUUGGGUACUUGUCCAGUGGGUAUUGCCACCCAGGAUCCAGAAUUAAGAAAGAAAUUCGAAGGUACACCAGAACAUGUCAUCAAUUUCUUUUACUAUUUGGCUAAUGAUUUAAGAAAAUUCAUGGCUAAAUUAGGGUUCAGAACUAUUAAUGAGAUGGUUGGUAGAACCGAAAAAUUAAAAGUUAGAGACGAUUUGAGAAAUACCAAGAAUGCCAAUAUCGAUUUGUCACCAAUUUUAACUCCUGCUCACACUAUCAGACCUGGUGUUGCCACUCAUUGUGUUAGAAAACAGGAUCACAAAUUGCAUAUUAGAGUUGAUAAUAAAUUGAUUGAUGAAUCAGAAUUGACUUUGGCUAAAGGUUUACCAGUUACUAUCGAUUGUGAAGUUGUCAACACUGACCGUUCUUUGGGUACUACAUUGUCGUACCGUGUUUCCAAGACUUUUGGUGAACAAGGUUUGCCACAUGACACUAUCCAUGUUAAUGUUACUGGUUCUGCUGGUCAAUCAUUUGGUGCCUUCUUGGCAUCUGGUGUCACUUUAGAAUUAGAGGGUGAUGCCAAUGAUUAUAUCGGGAAAGGGUUGUCUGGUGGUAGAAUAAUUGUUUACCCACCAAGAGAAUCCCAGUUUAAAGCUGAAGAUCAAAUCAUUGCUGGUAACACCGCAUUCUUUGGAGCCACUUCUGGUUCUGCUUUUAUCAGAGGUAUUGCCGCAGAAAGAUUCGCUGUUAGAAACUCUGGUGCUAUUAUUGUUACUGAAGGUACUGGUGAUCAUGGUUGUGAAUAUAUGUCUGGUGGUAGAGUUGUUGUUUUAGGUGCCACUGGUAGAAAUUUCGCUUCUGGUAUGUGUGGUGGUAUUGCUUAUGUUUUGGAUAUGGCACAAGAUUUCUCUGAAAAAGUCAAUAGAGCUCAAGUUGAAUUAUCUCAAGUUACUGAAACAGAAGAAAUUGCAUUCUUGAGAAACUUGAUUGAAGAUCAUCGUCAUUACACUGGGUCCGAAGUAGCUGAUAACAUUUUAAAUGAUUUCAACAGAUACUUGCCUAGAUUUGUUAAAGUUUUACCAAACGACUACAAAAAGGUAUUGGAAAAGGAAAAGAAAUUAGCUGAAGAAGCUAAAAAGAAAGAAUUGAGUAGUUUCUUGAAAUCCAUCAAAGAAGACCCAGAAUCAGAUGUCACCAACGGAGAAGCUUACAAGAUCAAGAAGGGGCACGUUCAUCAUCCAAACAAGGGCAAGAAUGAACCAAAAGUUGCUGAUGUUGAAGACACCAUUUUCAAUACUGAGUUUGAAAAGAAAGCUCCAGUUAAAUUGGAUAAACUCAGGGGGUUCAUGAAAUACAAACGUAGAAAUGAAAAAUACAGAGACGCCAAGGCAAGAACCAAAGAUUGGAAUGAAAUGACAUCCAGAUUAACUAAAGAGGAAUUGAAAUAUGAAACCGCUAGAUGUAUGGAUUGUGGUGUUCCAUUCUGUACUUCAGAUACUGGUUGUCCUAUUUCCAAUGUUAUUCCUAAAUGGAAUGAAUUGGUUUUCAAUGAUAGAUGGUAUGAUGCCUUACAAAGAUUAAUGAUGACCAACAAUUUCCCAGAGUUUACUGGUAGAAUUUGUCCAGCUCCAUGUAAUGGUGCUUGUGUCUUGGGUAUCAAUGAAGAUCCAGUCAACAUUAAAUCUGUUGAAUGUGCCAUUAUUGACCAUGGUUUUGAACAAGGUUGGAUCAAGCCAACACCACCAGCUCAUAGAACUGGCAAGACAGUUGCUGUUAUUGGUUCUGGUCCUGCAGGUUUAGCUGCUGCUGAUCAAUUGAACAAGGCUGGUCAUUUGGUUACUGUCUAUGAAAGAAGUGACAGACCAGGUGGUUUAUUGAUGUAUGGUAUUCCAAACAUGAAGUUAGACAAAGGUAUCGUCAAGAGAAGAACCGAUUUAUUGGCAGCUGAAGGUAUUGAAUUCAUUUGUAACACCACUGUUGGUGAAGAUAUUACUGUUUCUGAAUUGAAAUCACAAUUUGAUGCUGUUGUUUUCGCUGUUGGAUCUACUAUUCCAAGAGAUUUGAGAAUUCCAGGUAGAGAAUUGAAGAACAUUAAUUUUGCUAUGCAAUUAUUGCAUUCUAACACCAAGGCCUUGUUGGAUGAUCAAUUGGAAGAUAUUAGAAAGAACUUGGCUGGCAAGAAUGUUGUUGUUAUUGGUGGUGGUGAUACUGGUAAUGAUUGUUUGGGUACAUCUACUAGACAUGGUGCCAAAUCAGUGACUAACUUUGAAUUGUUGCCAAAUCCACCAAAUGCCAGACCAAAGGAUAAUCCAUGGCCACAAUGGCCAAGAAUUUUCAGAGUUGACUAUGGUCAUACUGAAGUUGCCACUCAUUAUGGUAAAGACCCAAGAGAAUACUCCAUUUUAUCUAAAGAGUUUGUUGGUGAUGAAGAAGGUAACGUUAAAGGAAUCAAAACCGUUAGAGUUGAAUGGAAACGUUCUGAUUCGGGAGCCUGGCAAAUGGCUGAAGUUCCAGGUAGUGAAGAAUUCUUCCCAGCUGAAGUUGUUUUGUUAUCUAUGGGAUUCCUUGGACCUGAGGCUGACAAUUUGGAAGUUCAAAAGACCAAGAGAGGUACUAUUACUACUGUUGAUCCAAAUGUAUACAAAGUUGACAAAGACGAUAAUGUUUUUGCUGCUGGUGAUUGUAGAAGAGGUCAAUCAUUAGUUGUUUGGGGUAUUCAAGAAGGUAGACAAUGUGCUAGAGAAGUUGAUGAAUAUUUGAUGGGAUCUACUAGAUUGCCAGGUAAUGGUUCCGUUGAACAAAGAAACUAUAAAUUAUUAGAGGAAUUAGCCGAAAAGGUUUAA